GUGUGGCGGCUCGGUUCUGGAGAAGAGGAAACAACCCGACCGGAGGAGCGGAACACAGCGUCCCCCCGACCGACCCCGGCUCCAGGAGGAGCCCGGCCUCCUCUGAAGCCCACGGGGAAAAACCCGCGAUGGAGUCGUCGGACGACGACACGCUGAGCGAGCGCUCCUGCGUCAGCGAGCGCUCGGGGGGCUCGAUGUGCCCGCCGGGGGACACGCUGCCCUGGAACCUGGCCAAGCACGAGCGCAGGAAGAGGAAGAGCCAGGACUCGGUGCUGGACCCGGCAGAGAGGGCGGUGGUCCGCGUGGCAGAUGAGCGAGACCGGGUGCAGAAGAAAACCUUCACCAAGUGGGUCAACAAGCAUCUCAUCAAGGUGAGGAAGCACAUCACAGACCUGUACGAGGAUCUGAGGGACGGACACAACCUGAUCUCCUUGCUGGAAGUCCUCUCUGGAGUCACCCUGCCCAGAGAAAAGGGACGCAUGAGAUUCCAUCGCCUGCAGAAUGUCCAGAUAGCGCUGGACUUCCUCAAACAGAGACAGGUCAAACUUGUGAACAUCCGGAACGAUGACAUCACCGACGGGAACCCCAAGCUGACGCUGGGUCUCAUCUGGACCAUCAUCCUCCACUUCCAGAUUUCUGAGAUCUACGUGAGCGGCGAGUCGGGCGACCUCACGGCCAAAGAGAAGCUGUUGCUAUGGAGCCAGCAGGCGACGGGCGGCUACCCCGGCGUCCGCUGCACCAACUUCACCUCGGCCUGGCGCGACGGACGCAUGUUCAACGCUCUGCUGCACAGAUACAGGCCAGACCUGAUCGAUAUGGAGGCGUUGUCGCGGCGGAGCAACCGGGACAACCUGGACCGGGCCUUCGAGAUCGCCGAGUCGCUCGGGGUGACCAGCCUGCUGGACGCCGAGGACGUCGAUGUUCCGUGUCCAGACGAGAAGUCGGUCAUCACCUACGUCUCCUCCAUCUACGACGCCUUCCCCAAAAUCCCCGAGGGAGGAGAGGGCAUCACCGCGCAGGAAGUGGACCUGCGCUGGUCGGAGUACCAGUCCAGGUUCUCCUCUCUGCUCCAGUGGAGCCGCCAUCACACGGCCCUCAUGGCCAACAAGAACUUCCCACAGAACCCCGUGGAACUCAAGGCACUUUACAACGAGUACGUCCAUUUUAAAGAGACGGAGAUCCCCGCCAAGGAGGUGGAGAAAGGUCACAUCCAACACCUCUACAAGCUGUUUGAGGUAUGGAUAGAGUUCGGACGUAUCAAGCUCCCUCAGGGCCAUCACCCCAACGACCUGGAGGAGGAGUGGGGGAAACUCAUCUUGGAGAUGCUGGAGAGAGAGAAGGCUCUACGGCCGGCUGUGGAGAGGCUCGAGCUGCUGCUCCAGAGGGCCAAUAGGAUCCAGAACAUGGCUCUGGACGGUGAGGAGAAGCUCACCCUCGCUAAGAACACCCUCCAGGCUGACAUGUCUCGGGUGGAGAGCGGCGAGGCGGUGCAGUGCGAGGCGGAGCUGGCCUGCUACCUGCAGGACUGCGAGUCGCUCAUCGGUCAACUCGACCAGGACCUGCAGGUCCUCCACCACGAGAAGUACUACCAGGUGGAGCAGCUGGUGUUCAGAGUGUCGUGCCUUCAAGAGGAGCUGGUCUCCCUCCGGCUGCAGUGCUCCAGCGUCUACAGGAAAGGCCACUUCUCUCAGCAGGCCCCGGGCUCCGUCGGGGCCGAGCGGCCCGGCCACAGGGCCUCUGACGGAGGCCUGACGCUGGGCCAGACCCUGCUGGGGGCCGCGGGCGCCGCCCUCCUGCGGCGGCCCACGCCUCGCUCCCAGCUGGUGGCCAUGUCGUCAUCGGAGGACGAAGGCAGCCUGAGGUUCAUCUACGAGCUGCUGGGAUGGGUGGAGGAGACGCAGGACCUUUUGGAGCAAGCUGAAUGGGGCGCCGACCUCCCCUCCGUGGAGGAGAACCUCCAGGAGCACAACACCGUGAACACCGCCGUGGAGGAGCUCGUGAGCAGCCUGCAGGAGGCGCGCAGCUACGAGGCCAGAGUGUCUCCCAACUUCAGGAGCAAUUACUCUGAAACCCUGGCCAAGCUGGAGCACCAGUACUGCAAACUACGGGAACAUUCGUCAUGGCGCCUGCGGAGCUUGGAGAGCCUGCACGCAUUGGUGGCGCACUGCACCGAGGAGCUGAUCUGGCUCAACGAGCGCGAGGAGGAGGAGAUCGCCUUCGACUGGAGCGACGGCAACGCCGCCAUGAGCGCCAAGAGAGACGUGCACAGCGACAUGAAGCUGGAGCUGCAGGAGAAGCGAGACGUGAUGCGCUCUCUGCAGGAGACGGCCGGCCGGCUGUGUCUGGACAACCACCCGGCCAAGCAAACGGUGGAGCAUCUCAAGGACAACACGGCGUACUUCCAGUUCAUGGGGGAUGCUCGAGACUGCGAGUCGUACCUGCGCCAGCUGCAGGAAACCAUCAAGAGACAGUACACCUGUGACAAGAACAGCCGACUCAGCAAACUGGAGGACCUGCUGCAGGACUCUAUGGAGGAGAAGGAGCAGCUGAUCCUGUACCGCAGCACGGUGGCCAGCCUGGUGGGCCGGGCCAAGGCGGUGGUCCAGCUCCGGCCCCGCAGCGCGGAGAGCACCCUGGGGGCCACGACGCCCGUCAGAGCCAUCUGCGACUACCGGCAGAUCGAGACAAACGUCCAGAUCACGAUAACGCGCGGCGAGGAGUGUGUGCUGGAGGACAACUCCCAGAGGACCAAGUGGAAGGUGAUCAGCCCGACGGGGAACGAGGCCAUGGUCCCCUCGGUGUGCUUCACCGUGCCCCCCCCCAACCAGGAGGCCAUGGACACAGCCGGCAGGGCAGAGCAGCUGUACCAGAAGGUCAUGUCCCUGUGGCAUGAGCUGCACAUGAACAUGAAGGCCGUGGUGUCCUGGCACUACCUGCUCAAAGACAUCCGGACCGUCUCCGGCUGGACCCUGGACACGGUGCGCGGCCAGGCCCCGGCAGAGCGGCAGCAGGUCCUGGACCACCUGGAGGCCCAGCUGGCCGACUUCCUGUCCGACAGCAAAGAGAGCGCCGCGUUCACGGAGAGCGAGAGGCGGGAGGUGGAGAAGGACGUCCAGCAGGCCCGGAAGCACUGCGACGACCUGCUGCUCAACAUGGAGACCGUGGAGAAGGAUGAGUCGGUCUCUCGUUCCUACCUGUCUGAGCUGCAGGACAUCACCCUUCGUCUGAAUGACGCCGAGCACAGGCUGAUGAGGGGGAUCCAGACUCCGCCCCCGAGCCGGCUGUCGUUGGGCGACGGCGCUGACAACACCGUCCAGAUAGCGGAGCAGGAGAAGCUGCAGUCGGAGCUGGACGCCGUGCGCUCCAGCCUGGGCGACGUUUCUCGGCGCUGCGUCAGCUUCUUCGAGGAGAAGCCGGCGUCCUCCAGCGUCCCCGGCCUCCGGGUGGAGCUCAGCCGCGCCGUGGAGCAGACGGACAAACUGCACAACCUCUCCACCGUCUACCUGGAAAAGUUAAAGGCGGUGGACGUCCUGCUGCGCAGCCUGGACGAGGCAGAGAGCCAGGUGAGGAGAAACGAGAGCCGGCUCAGCGAGGAGGACGUCGUCCCCGCCGACACGGAGACCAUCCAAAGCCUCCGAGAUCAGCUCGGGACGUGGCGGGCCGAGCUCCUGGAGCAGGAGGGCGUCGUCCAGGCUCUGCAGCCGGAGUUGGCCCGGGCCAAAGAGGCCGGCGCCCAGCUCAGCCGGCUCCACCCGGACCGCAGCACGGAGCUGGAGCGCUACCAGGAGACGGCCAAUCAGAUGGAGGAGCGCUGGAGCGGAGUCAAGACACAGGUGGAGACGCGACGGAGCGACCUGGAUGCCCUGAGCUCGGCCCUGCAGCGGUACCGGGCCGGCCACUCGGCUCUGAUCGGGUGGAUCGAGGAAACGACGGAGCGACAGGAGAACACGCAGCCCGGGCUGACGGACAGCCGGGCGCUGGCCGAGCAGCUGGCCCAGCAGACGGCAUUAGUAGUGGAGAUUGAACAGAAUCAGGCCAAACUAGACGAGUGCCAGACUCACUCCAAAGUGUACUGCACCUCGGUGAAGGACUACGAGCUGCAGCUGAUGACCUACAGAGCCUUCGUGGAAACGACGCACAAGUCUCCGGUGAAGAGGAGGAGGAUGCACUCGUCCUCCGACGCCAUCACUCAGGAGUUCAUGGACUUGCGCACGCGCUACACCGCCUUGGUCACCUUGACGACGCAGCACGUGAAGUACAUCAGCGACGCGCUGAGGAGACUGGAAGAGGAAGAGAAAGAGGUGGAGGAGGAGAAGCAGGCCCGGGUGGGGCACGUCUCAGACCUGCUGGGCUGGGUCCAAGGCCUGCAGGGGCGGACCGGGGGCCCCAACGCAGAGUCCUCAUUGGCUGCUCAGCAGGCCAUCAGUGAACAGCUGGCAGCCAAGAAGGACGAGGUGGCCGACGCCAUCAGGAGCACUCAGGCCUUCCUGCUGUCCAAGCAGACCAGCAAGUUGUCCCCAGAGGAGCGGGCUCAAGUCGAGGCUCAGCUGGACGGGCUGACGGCCACCUACAACCAGAUGUGUGCCAGCUCCACCCAGCAGCUGCAGCAGCUGGAGCAGCAGCUGGCCAAAGAGGAGGAAAGAAAGAAACAAAUUGCCAUUGCUGGAGUAAUUGACCUUGGAACAGUGGAUACAUUCCCAGUGUUCAAAGCAGCUCAACGUGGUCUUAUUGAUCAGGAUACCUGCCAUGUACUACUGGAGGUCCAGCUCAUUAUGGGUGGGCUCCUCCAGUCUGACUCCCCUCUCAAUCUUACACUGGAACAAGGUCUAGCUCAAGGCCUUAUUGACACCCACACGAGACGGUCCCUUUCCGAGCUAGAGAGAGCUUUGCUUUUGGUGGAAAACUCUCAGUCGACCAAUGACCAACAACAACAUGUGUUGCCAGUAGUUGCAGCAAUGGAGUUCGGGCUCAUUGGCGAAGAGGUGGGACUUCGCAUUUUAGAACUCCAGAUGAACACUGGAGGCCUGAGGAGCUCAAUGGGAACCACUAUGAGUUUGGAGCAAGCCGAUGUCAGGAAACUUUUGACUCCCAGAAUCCUCAACAAGCUGCAGCCAAGGCAACCACUAAAAGAACUGGUCGAUCCAAAUACGGCUGAAAAAUUAAACCUACACGAGCUACAAGAGCGCUGUGUCCUCGACGAUGACUCCGGUCUUCUUCUCCUCCCCGUCAAACAGCAACCUGGAGGAACUGUCUGCCUCCGGUCUGGAAGAAAGGUUGGCAUAUUCCGCGCAGUCCAGGAAGGUCUGAUUGACCGAAAAGUUACUGUACGACUUCUUGAAGCUCAGCUCUUUGCCGGUGGUAUUGCUGACCCACGAUCUGGCCACCGGCUGACGGUCUAUGAGGCUGUUCGUCAUGGGCUUAUGGACCAGGAUCUGGCCUCGGCCAUGUUAGCGCGACAGCUGCAACAUGGGGGGAUACUAGACCCUUUCAGUGGAGAACGCCUGGAUUUGGAAGAGGGCAUACGCAGGGAUCUUCUCUCUCCUGAUUUGGCUCUGUUGGUCCUUGAGUCUCUUUGGGCUUUCAUGGGAAUCCUCUGGCCUCAAUCUGGAGAACUUCUGCCCAUUGCUGAGGCUCUUCAACAAGGUGUGAUCUCAGGGGAGCUUUCAAGGAACAUACUGAGGCAGCGACAUGCCAUUGGGGCUUUGUACAACCCAGAAACCCUCAUGGUGCUUCCCCUGAACCAGGCUGCUGAAGAGGCCCUCGAGCCCAGUGUUGUCAGUUUGAUCAAGAACACCCACAUCCCAGAUGUUCUUUCCAGCAUGAACCAGUCGGGUACCCCAGCUCUAAAUCGCUUGAGCUGGGGUUCUACCAGCACCUCUCCAUCCACUUCAUCCUCUCCCACAGGCCUUGUCUGGGAUGCAACACCAACAACUGGAAUGGAUCCUGAAGAGCAAGCACAACAAAAGCUGCUGUUUCAUCUCAUGACUCAUAGCUAUGUGGAUGCGCAUUCCGGAAAGAGAUUGGUGCUGCUCGACCCUGAGUUAGGGGAGUUGGUCAAAGCCACUGAACUGAUGACUGCGGCCUCUAGAAGUCAAGUUGAGCCUCAAAGCAGUGUGAGCGCAGAUGAGCAGGGAGGGUUGCAAAUGGUGAGAGAGUUUAGUUUGGCAGAUGUAGGUUUAGGUGACACACAAACUGAGGUUGAAGAAGAAAGUUCAGAUGUAGUCGCACCAAAUAAAGAAGUGAAGAGGAAUGGUACAGGUAGUCUAGAAGAAAAGUACGAUGGGGGAAAUGACAGCAAACUGCUGCACAAACCACCAGUAUCUUCUGAGAGGGAUUUAGCAUUUGAAGCUAACAAUGAAAGGCGUGUAGAUAAAGAUGUUAAAGAAAAAGCUCAAAAGAAAGAAAUAUUCCUGAAUGAAAGUUUAAUGGCUUCAGCUAAACGUCUUGAAGGCCCAAAUGAGCUGGUAGCAACGGAAUUCAAAUCCAGGGAUAGUGGUGGCCAGCAGGGGACUAUAAGUACAACCACAACAGAAGGAAGAACAAAUGCUUCGAAACCUUUCAAAUCCAUCCCACUGGGAGCAAAAGCAGCCGAAUGUGUUAGAUCAAAACAAUCGGACGAUAGGAAAGAUAUAAAGCAUUCCCAGACUGAAUUAGAAAGGACCCAACAAAAGGUGUCUGUGACGGAAACUGACUCGAAGCAUGCGAAACCUGUCAUUGAUAUCCGUGACUCGGCAGUGGAAAAGGAAGGGGAGGAUGCUGAAUUGGCAAAGCUCGUCCUAGAGCUCAAACAGGGAGGGCUGAUGACAGAGGAAGGGGAAAAGCUGCUCCCAGAUGAGGCCGUGGCUCAAGGUGUCCUUCCUGGCCACACAGCAGUUAAAUUAAUGGCUCAGUCUGGUCUGUUCGGGGGUUUCCUAGAUGCGAGCAGCGGGGAGUCACUCAGCAUGGAGGAUGUUAUGCAGGAGGGUUUACUGGAUGAAGAGCUAAUGUGGAGUGUCCUGAAGUCAGAUAAAACACUUGCAGGGGUUGUGGAUGUCGAGAAAAAGCAGAUCUGUGGGGUACGGGAGGCUGCUCAGGCGGGGUUGAUCGACCCCAACACCGCUGCUCGACUUUUGGAAGCCCAGGUGGCGUCUGGGGGGAUUGUUGACCUACGCAGAGAUAAGAAAGUCUCUGUCACCCUAGCAGCAAACCUAGGAUUGAUUGAGGAGGAUCAAAGAGAAGAACUUGUGGCACUAGAGAAGGCGUACAAGGGAAAAGAUACAGAUUCAGCAACAGCCCUCACUAAAGCCAGUUUACAGCUACAGAUGGAAGGUGUUAUUGACCCAGAGUCCAAGUCCCCACUUCCUCUGGAGCAAGCUAUUCAGAAAGGGUUGAUUAGAUCUGAAGAGGCUUAUCAGGUGUUGGCGAGACAGGUGGCUGAGGGUGGUAUAAUCCAUCAUGCUUCAGGGAUGAGGCUGUCAGUUCCUGAUGCUGUAGCUAGAGGACUAGUAGAUCGCUCCAUUGCGCCCGGGCUGGAAGAACUAGAGUGGGUCUACCAAGGAAAAGUCAGUCCUUCAUCUCACCCAGAAGCUGUUGUUUUCCAGGCAUCGACCGGAGCCAUUUUAGACCCUGACUCUGGACGUAAGCUGACAUUGACAGAGGCAGUUUCUAGGGGUCUUCUGGAUGAGAAUGUUGCCAGUGAUGCCAUGGCUUCUUCUGCUGUAACACAAGGAGCGCUUGACCCCGAAACUGCACUUAUUGUGCCGUAUUCUGAGCUUGUAAAUAGGGGGAAAAUAGAUAUUGAAACAGGCAAACGCUUUUUGGAGGUGAAACCCUUCAGAGGUGUUCAGGAUGGGCACACGAGAAACAUCUUGACCCUUCCUGAAGCAGUUGCCUCAAAGCAAGUGGACCCAGUUCCAGCAUUGAGGCUGCUUCAAAGCCAGGCAGACAGUGGAGGGAUCAUUGACAUCAGAACUGGAGAAAGGCUCCCCAUAUCUGAAGCCUGUAAAAGAGGUUUAGUUGACGACAACAUGGCCAGGGUGAUAGCCACCAACCAGUUUUUGAAAGGAGGCUUAGUUGAUCCGGCCACUGGGCAACAAAUCUCUAAUCUUGAGGAUGCCAUUGCAAAAGAACUGAUCUCCAGUGACAUGGCCUCAGAGAUUCAGGAGAAAUUGGCUUCUGUGGAAAUGGGUGGGGAUGAAACUAGCGCGACACCUGUUGCCUCAUCAAAUGCUGCUGCUGCUAUAAUGUCAGGGUCAAGCCCAGACAGUCCAGCAAACCGGUCAGACGUAAAAUCUGAAGAGCUUACAAGAUCUCCACUUUCAAAGAAAGGUUUAGAAAUGACACUGGACAAUGAAAAGUCGUUGACGUCUGUAGUAUCAGAUCAGUCUUUGUUUUAUGGCCCGAUGACAGAAGAUGACAACAUUGAAGUGCCAGUGGAAGAAAAGGCUGCAGUUGAGCCUGACCAAUCCCUAGAACUCUUGAGUGAGUUUGUGACUAAUGUUGAGAAAAGAGUUCAGGAAGCCAUAGAAGAGAUUGUGCCACAGACAAACAUCUGUACGUCUGAGCCUCUGCCUCGACAAAAGGGUGAACGUAAGACUGAUUAUGCACAAAAGGGGAAUGUUUUCAAAGAUGCUCUGAGAGAAUCCACUCAGGCACAUGUCCAUGAUGCUGACAAAGAUUUACAGGGAGAGGUCAGAAAAGAAGCGUCUGUUUUAAAGUUGAGUGAAGAACCCGUGAAUGUUGGGAAAAAGGAGUGUAGACCCAGUGAUGAGGGCAUGUCAGUGGUUCACCAUCAUUCUGAAGACGGAAAGCAGGCAGGUUUUGUGACAGCAGAGUUUAGAGAUGACGGAGAAAGAAAAGAUGGCAUUGAAGUGGCUAAAUUGAGUGAGGUUAAUAGAAAGAGUGAUGUGGCAGCACAGAGAGAGGAUGUGGAAGACGAGAAGGGUAAUCAAGUGGAGAGAGGAAAACCUAAAGACGAGGCGCAGUCAGACCCGUUGUUGACCUCUCCGCCCAAGGAGACAGAAAGCAAAAGCAAGAAGAAGAGGAAGAAUAAAAGGAACGGAAAGCCCACAGAAGCAGAGAGAGAAACACACCUUCCAGAGAUAAAACAACCAUCUCAAAUUGAGGCCAUUGACAUAGUUACAUCGCAAGACGAAUACCAGCAAUGGCAGAUUCAAGGUCAGGUAGCUUCCCCACGGCACCCCGAAGGAGAAAGUGAAGCAAAGAUUGAGGCUCCAAAUGAUUUGGUAAAACAGGGACAGGAAGCAGUUCCUGCCACUCUUGAAUCAACAGAGAAUACCAUUGAGCCAGAGAAAGAUGCAAUACAAAUUGCUUUAUUGAAGGAUACAGAAAUAGGUGAUAAAAGAGAGAGGAAACGGGAGGAGCAGAAAGAGAAAGUUGAAGAGAAAGAUUCUUUCUCUCAGCGACCAGAACAACCAGACAGCAGACAGGAAGUAACGAACAAGAAAAAGCAAGAGUUACCUCAGAAAUCUGCUCUACCAAAUGACGAGAAAGCGGCCCUGAUACUGAAAGCCAAAGAGAGCAUUCUUAAAAAGGUAUUUAAAAAAGGUGUGAGUGAGAAGCAGGCUGCUGAGGAGCUGCAGACGCUGCGCAAAGAGGUAGGGAAGAAGGAGAGUCGAGGCAAGGCUGCAAAGACUCAAACUGCUUCAGCUAAAGCCGAUGGAGUGGAGGGUCAUGAUGACGGUGUCAAGAGACCCAAUGGUUCACCGAAGGAGAUGAGGGCCCACGAAGAUGAGAUUACAUUGAGAAGGGUCAAAGAAGAUGAGACUGAGAAGAAACUUCCUGUCGAGGAGGACAUGGCGACCAAGGCUUCUUCAAAUGAAAAAGAGAAGAACAGGAGCUUUGGAAAGGAAGACGUUGAAGCGGCUCCGUCGGUCCAGCCUCAAGAAACCGAGCAAAGUAAACGUAAAAAGAAGAGCAAGAAGACUAAGGGUCACAGCGUGACGGACAAAACUGAGCCCGGUGCUGAGAGGUUACUGGCAGAAAAAGUGGAUUCUGACGUUACCACAACACCUACAAUGGAACAACCAAACUCGGAUACCUUGGCUUCCACUAGAGAGCAGAAGAUGGACGCGCCGUCAGCCAGUGGGGUCGGGAGACCGUCAGUUGUUGUAAUUAAUGUUGAAGGAGCCGAGGCCAGCCAACAAAGUCCACCACAUUCACAUCAGUCAGAGGAACCCUAUUCUCAUGUUGAGGAACACGUCCAACUGGCAGCGGCUGCCUCUGAUGGGAAAGAGGAAUCCCAUUCGGAAACCAGGAAUGCCGCCGAACCCAUUGGCUUUCCUCACAAGGCUGUCGGCUACAAACCAGACAUCCGACCCACGGCUCAAUCAAUGGCUAAACCGGCGGGGAGAGGGAGAAAGAAGAGACGGCACCAGCCACCGGAAGUCGAUGGCGCCAAAGUUCCCGACUCAAAAGAUCAACGGCAGCUGAUUGAGUCUCCGGACUCGGCCCCAUCGAUCUCAGAAGACACCCCGACGGAGUCUGCAUCGUCUGGAGACCCUGAGGCCGACGCAGCCUCCGAGAGUCGGCGGGAGGGAGAGGACGAUGUCGGAGAGAGUCGAAAAACAGUGUCGAGCAAAGAGGCAAGGACAUCUUCGACUGGCAAGUCGUCGUUGUUGCGUCAGAAGUUGUUGGAGCACGACCAGCGACUCGUGGCCCUGCUCUCCAUGGUCAGACACGUCGAGGUCCGCCUCAAGCAGCAGGAGCAGCACUCUGUCGGCCGCAGCCUCAUCGCCUUGGAUGACAUCAUCAGACAGACUGAGACUCUGGACCUUGAGUUGCGUGACUUGGAGCCCACGGUCAACGAGGCGGUGGAGGCCUCCGAGGAGCUGUUGAAGCCCCGCCCCAAAGACGUUCCUCCGCAGCUCCUAUUGGCCCUGGAGAAAGAUGGGCGGAGCUUGGCUCGAGGGUACGAGGCUGCCGCGGCGCUUUCUGAGGGCAUCCUGCAGAGUCUACGGGACCACAGAGACUCGUAUAAGGAGGCGGUAACAGCGGAGCAAAAGUCCCUGGGAGGACAAGUGGAGAGUCUGCUGUCGUGGUUGCGGGAGACAGAGGCUCAGAUGAGCGGAGGAAUGGCAGGGAUGGAAAGAAUGGAGAAGGCAGAGGACGCUGACCCCGGGGAUCAGCUCUCACAGCAGCUGAGUCUCUGCAAGGAGCUCCAGUCCUCCCUGACGGCGCGCUCCGGGGAGGUCCACAGCGCGGCCUUCGACAUCCAGGUGUUCAUCUCGGAGCGGGCCCAGGACCUGGCGCCCGAGCAGAGCCGCCGGCUCCUGGGGCAGCUCCAGCAGCUCCAGGGGGCCUUCCACCUGGCGUCGGGCCAAGCCCAGGCGUGGGCCGACGCCCUCACUGCCCAGAGGGCGAGGGAGGAGGAGCGGCGGCGCGAGAAGAGAGCGGUGGAAGCGGAGAAGGACAGGGCGGAGCGGAGCGCCAGGGAGAGAGAGGUGGCUCAACAGCAGAAAGCCGAAUGCUCUCAGAAACUAGAAGGCCUCAACGUGUGGUUGGCUGGAGCUGCCGGCCUGCUGGCCAGUCAGAGAGGUGGAGCAGAGUCAUGUGACGUGGACGCCUUGCAGGAGAAGCAGAAAAGACUAAAGGAAGCACAGAAGGAGCUCCAGACCAAAGAGGCGGGCAUCGCCGAGGCCAUCCGCUCCGUGGAGGAGCUCCUGGCGGACCGCGGCGAGAGCCUGAGCCCAGAGGACCGGAAGAGCCUCCAGGGGGCGCUAACGAGCAUGAAGGAGCAGUACGCCGCCCUGAAGGACUCGGCGAACACGUCGCUGUCGGAGCUGGACACCGCCAUCAGCGCCACGGUCCAGCAGAACACUCAGAGGGCGAAGGCUGUGGAGGAUCUCCAGGACGCCCAGGGCCAGAUCGACUCUCUGCUCAGCGAGUUGUCCUCCCUCAGCCAACCAGGAGGGAGAGAUGUCACCGAUACUCCCUCCUCACAGCCAGAGGGCGCUGUGACAUCACACACGGAGGCGCUGCAGGUGGAGCUCCAGCAGCUCCAGUCCCAACAGGCCCGGCUGCUUCAGGUCGCCCAGUCCACCCGCUCCCUCCUGGACCGGCCGGACUCCACCGUGCCUCCGGAGGAGAAGCAGCGUCUCCGGGCCGCUCUGGACCAGCUGCAGGCCCAGCACCAGGACCGGCUGCAGAGCUGCCAGGACCGUCUGAGGAAGUCUGAGGCUCUGCAGGACGAGCUGACAAAGUUCCUCCAGGAACACGGAAGCUUAGGUGCCUGGCUGGAACAAAAUGAGAAAGAACUGCAUUCCCUGGGGGAAGGAGAGACCGAUGCACAAGGACUGAAGGGCAGGCUGGACGAGCACAGAAAGCUGGCGGAGGACGUCAUCUGCCACAAGGCGGACCUGCGCUUUGUCUCCAUCUCGGGUCAGAAGGUUCUGGACUCCGUCCAAGGAGCUCUGGAGCAAGUCGGCGGCGGUUCCGACCCGGCCCUGGACGGCACCAAGCAGCUGGUGACCGACAAGCUGCAGGACGCCACCCACAGAUACACGGCGCUGCACACCAAGUCCUCAGAGCUGGGCGGCCGCUUGUCCGGCCUGCUGGAGCGGUACCAGCAGUACCAGGAUGAAGUCGUCUCCGUCCACUCUUGGCUGAGCGCUCAGGAACAGAACCAAAGCAUCGCCAAGCCCGGCGGUGAGACGGACCCCCAGAACCUGCAGGACGUACUACGACGAGUACAGCUGCUGCAGGAGGAGGUGGCGGAGCGCUCGGUGCAGCUGGAGAAGGUGAAGAGGGCGGGACGAGAUCUGGUCAGCACGGACGAGUCUCCAUCCCUGAAGGCUGUGGACAUCCUCUGUGCUGCCGACGGUUUAGAGAAGCGGUUCGGCUCCCUCUCCGCCUCGGUGUCGGAGCGGGCCGAGCAGCUGCAGACGGCCGUGGCCCAGUCGGUCAGCGUGCAGGAGGGCCUCAAGGGCCUGCUGAGCUGGCUCGACCAGCUGGUUCUGAAGCCCGGGCCGGUGGAGCCCACCGCUCAGGCCGUGCAAGACGCCCUGACGCAGAACCAGAAGCUUCGCCAGGAGCUUCUGUCCCGGCAGGGCAGCAUGGAGGCGACCCGGGAGUCCGUUUCCAAACUCCUCCAGAGAGCCGACGCCUCCGGCCUGCAGGGGGCGCUGGACGACCUGACCGAGCGCUACGUCGCGGCCCAGGCCGGCCAGGCCGAGGGGGAGGCGGAGCUCAGAGGGCUGCUGCCCAGGCUGGAGGGCUACGAGCGGCUGGGGGCCGACCUCCGGGCCUUCACCCAGAGCCGCCUGAAGGCCCUGAACCUGGCGGGCCAGCCGGACCGCAGCGUGGACGACUACAGGCAGACCAUCGAGGAGGUCCGGUCCGAGCUGGAGCAGGAAGCCGGUCAGCUGAAGUCCUUCUGCAGCCUCGGCACCGAGCUCAGCCAAUCGAAAGCUCUCAGCAACACUCGAAGCUUAUUGGAGAACGUCAAGGGAACGUCUGAUGAGUUCACCCAGCUGCAAGCCAGCGUCAGCAGCAGGUUCGCCUCCAUCCAGGCCUGCGAGCAGCAGCUGCUCCAGUUCCGCGGGCUCUCUGGCUCCCUCUGCAGGUGGCUGCAGGCGGCGCAGGACCAGCUACCGUCCGCAGAGGCCAACCUCAACACGGAGAGCCUGCAGAGGAGAGUGCAGCAGCUCCAGGACCUGUCGAGCGACUGGGAGUCUCAGGGGGCCAGGGUUCAGGAGCUGAGCCAGACGGGCUCGGAGCUGGAGGCCCUCAUCGUCGACGUCACCGCUCCUCAGACCAAAGCCGGUGCUCCUCACAUCAAUGGCUCAUCAGGUCCCAGCAGCAUCAAUGGCAUUCACACCUGUAAAGACCUGACGGAGCUCCAGGUGUCGGUGUCCGACGUGAGCGCUCGCUACGAGGCGCUGGGCGCGGCGCUGAAGGAGCGCCUCGGCCACCAGAACUCGUCCCUGGAGCUGCGGCAGAAGGCCCGGCAGGGGGCCGCCGAGCUGAAGGGCUGGCUGACGGACCGGGAGCUCAGCCUGAGGCAGGGACAGGCCGCCUCCCCCUCCAAGCCGGAGGCGGUCCGCGCCCAGGCCCAGGAGAACAAGGCGCUGCUCUCGGAGCUGGCCGAGCACUCCGGCGCGGUGGAAGAGCUGAAGGGCGCGCUGAGGACGCUGAUCGCUGACAACCCCGAUUCUCCUGAGGCCGCCAGCUGGAGACAGCAGCUGCAGGAGAUCGACUCCCGCUGGCAGACGGCCAAUCAGACGGCGGCCCAGCGGCAAAUGGAGCUAGAGGCGUGCGCCGACAGGCUGGGCAGCUUUGCCUCGGCGGCGGCUCAGCUGGGCCCGUGGCUGAGGGAGAAGGAGCUGAUGAUGAGCGUGCUGGGCCCGCUGAGCAUCGACCCCAACAUGCUCACCACGCAGAAGCAGCAAGCGCAGUUCAUGCUGCGAGAGUUCGAGACCAGGCGGCCUCAGUUUGACCAGCUGACCCAGUCCGCCGAGGGGAUCCUCUCCCAGACCGGAGACUCUGCUCAGGGCCCCGAGGACCUGGCGGAGGUCCAGUCGGAGCUGGGCUCCAUCACCGAGCAGUGGGAGGACCUCACCAACCGGCUGACCCAGAGAUCCAACCACAUCGACCAGGCCCAAGGAACCAGCGGGCGGUACCAUGCCUUGCUCCGGGAGCUCUCCGCCAGCGUCUCCGCUCUGGCCGAGCAACUGGACGGUCAGGCCUCGCUGAGCGCCCAGCCCGAGGCGCUGAAGCGCCGCCUGCAGGAGACCGGAGAGAUCCGCUCGGAGCUGGAGAGACGGCGCGGCGAGCUGGCCGAGGCCGAGCGGCUCUGCGAGGAGCUGAGCGCCAUCGUGGCCGAGCCGUACCUGAAGGAGGAGCUGAGCAAACGGCUGGAGAGCGUCAGCGGGCCGCUGAAGAACCUGGAGGAGCGCGCAGCCGACGGCCUGUCUCAGCUGCAGGCCGCCCUGUCCUCCACGCAGCAGUUCCAGCAGAUGUUCCAGGAGUUGCGCUCCUGGCUCGACCAGCCGGCCGAUGCCGGUUCGGCCCGAGCCGACCCGCUGCCCUGCCGGCCCGAGGCCGUCCGCUCCCUGCUGGCGCAGACGGCCGAGCGGCAGCGGGCGGUCGCCAGCCAGCGCGGCUCCUACGAGCUGCUCCAAGCCGAGGGGGCGUCGCUGCUCGCCACGCUCCCCGCGGGCGGAGACGAGCGCUCCGCCCUGCAGGCCCGCCUCUCCGCCCUGAAGCAGGACUGGGACGGGCUGAACCGGAGCCUCUCGGAGCGAGAGGGCCGGCUGAAGGCCACGCUGGGCAAGGCGGAGGCGUACCGGCAGCACGCCGCCGAGCUCGUCCCGUGGCUAGCGGAGUGCGACCGGAAGGACGCGGACAUCCGGCCGGCGCUGGACUCGGCGGCGCUGGACGAAGCGCUGCAGAAGGCCCGCGGCCUGGCGCUGGACCUGGACCGACGACAACCCCAACUGGAGGCCUUCAACGCCGCAGCAGAUCAGCUGCUGGAGCAGUGCUGCCUCGGGGAGGACGAGGUCCGAGAUGAGAAGGCCCAGCUGAACCGCCGGGUGGACGUGCUGGGCGAGAGGCUGCACGCCCGCAGCGCCCAGCUGGAGGAGCUGAGCGGCCGCCUCAAGGAGUUCGACGAGGGGCGGCAGGCGGCGGAGCGGAGGCUGGAGGCCGCCAAGCACCAGAUCGAAGUCCAGGAGGCUCUGGGACCACAGGCAUGCAGCGCGAAGAGCCUGGAGCGGCUGAGGAGUCAGCAGGAGAGCCUGAGGUCCCUGAAGCCCCAGGUGGUCUACCUCCGGGACCUGGCCAUGGGGCUGGUCCAGGACGCGCCCCAGACACCGGGAGGCGGCGCCGACGGGGCCCGGAGGCUUCAGGAGCACGCCAGGGACACGGAGAAGGAGUACGAGGCGGUGACUGACAAGAUCGAGCAGUGCUGCUCCUCCCUGGAGUCCCGGCUCCGGGGCGUCGGCGAGGUCCAGUCCCACGUGCGCGACGUGUUCUCGCGCAUCGCCGACCUGGACGACGAGCUGGACUCGCUCAGCCCCGUCGGGCGCGACGCCGACUCGCUGGCCUCGCAGGCCGACGCCCUGAAGGGCUUCCUGUCCCGCCUGGCCGCGCUGCGGGCGGAGCUGGAGGGCCACGGCGCGGACUGCACCGCCAUGCUGCGGCGGGAGGGCUCCUCCCCCGACCUGCUGGCGCUCAGGAGGGAGUCGGAGGCGCUGAGCCGCCAGGCGGGCAAGCUGAGCGAGCGCGGCCAGGCCCGAUUGGACCAGAUCGAGGACACGGCCGAGAAGGUCCGGGAGUUCUACCGGCUGGUGGCCGCGCUGCAAGGCCUGCUGGGAAAGGCCGAGGACGGGCUGAACGCUCAGGGCGCCGUUGGCACGGAGGUGGACAUGAUCAGACGGCAGCUGCAGGAGUUCAAGGCCGUGGAGAGGCAGCAGGUGGACAGCAUCCAGCCGAGGCUGCAGCACACCAACGCCGUGGGCCAGGGCCUCAUCCAGAGCGCCGGCAAGCACACCGACACGCAGGCUCUGGAGCACGACCUGGACUCCACCAACCUGCGAUGGAACUCCCUCAACAAGCGGGUGGCAGAGCGCGUCGCCCAGCUGCAGGAGGCCCUGUUGCAUUGUGGGAAGUUCCAGGAUGCUCUGGAGCCUCUGGUGAGCUGGCUGACCGACACGGAGGAGCUGGUGGACAAUCAGAAGCCGCCGUCGGCCGAGUACCGCGUGGUCAAGGCCCAGAUCCAAGAGCAAAAGCUGCUCCAGAGGCUGCUGGACGACCGCCGGCCCACGGUGGACAUGAUCCACGCCGAGGGCGAGAGGAUCGCCGACACGGCCGACACGCUGGACCGGGAGAAGAUUCAGACCCAGCUCCAGAGUCUGGCGGAGCGGUGGAGCGACCUGCUGGGCAAGGCCAGCGGCAGGCAGCGGCAGUUGGAGGAGCUGCAGGUUCUGGCUCUUCAGUUCCACGAAGCCCUGGAGCCGCUGGGCGAGUGGCUCGGGGCCACCGAGCGCCGCCUGGGCUCGGCCGAGCCAAUGGGAACGCAGACGGCCAAGAUCACCCAGCAGAUCACCAAGCACAAGGCAGUCCAAGAGGACGUGUCCUCGCGCCAAGCCGAGGUCGACCGCCUCGAGUCCCUCAGCCAAUCGCUGACACCGCUCAGCUGCGCGGCCGACCGCGACUGGCUGGGGGAGCGGGUGGGGGCCUUGAGGUCGGGUCACACGGAGCUCACCGAUUGGUGCUCCCGCCGGGCGGGCAUGCUGGAGCAGGCGCUGGCUAACGCCCAGUUGUUUGGGGAGGAGGAGGUAGAGGUGCUGAACUGGCUGGCGGAGGUUGCUCAGAGGCUGAGUCAGGUGUCCGUCAACAGCUACCGGCAUCAGCUGCUGGCCGAGCAGCACAAACACGCCGUGUCUCUAAAUGAGGAGAUAGUGAGCAGGAAGAAGACCGUGGACCAGGCCAUCAAGAACGGACAAGCCCUACUAAAACAGACCACCGGCGAGGAGGUGCUCCUGAUCCAGGAGAAGCUGGACGGCAUCAAGUCGCGCUACGCCGAGAUGACGGCGUGCAGCAGCAAGGCGCUGCGCACCCUGGAGCAGGCGCUGCAGCUCGCCACGCGCUUCGCCAGCGCCCACGACGACCUCAACCAAUGGCUGGACGGCGUGGAGGCGGAGCUCAGCAGCGUGGAUCCCGACGCCACGCCCGCCUACCAGGACAGACAGAAGGAGCUGAAGAAAGUGUCGGCGGAGAAGCGCCUGGUGCUGGACACGGUGAACGAGGUGGGCCACGCCCUGCUGGACCUGGUGCCGUGGCGGGCCCGCGAGGGCCUGGACCGCCUGGUCGCCGACGCCAACCAGCGCUACCGCCAGUCCGACGAAACCAUCACUCAGCGAGUGCAGCUGGUGCAGGCUGCCAUCCAGAGGUCACAGCAGUACGAGGAGGCGGUGGAUGCGGAGCUGGCCUGGGUCCGGGAGACGGAGCGCAAGCUGGCGUCUCUGGGCCCGCUGAGCCUGGAGCCGGACGUCACCGUGGCCCAGAUGCAAGUGCAGCGCGCCUUCAACAUCGACAUCAUCCGGCACAAAGACACCGUGGACCAGCUGCUCGGCUCCCGGGACGACAUCAUGGAGACGUGCAGCGACGGCCAGAAGGACGCGCUGAUAGUGAAGACGGAUUCCCUCAGCGCUCGGUAUGAGGCGGCGAGCCAGAGCCACAGCGAGCGCUUCUCCGCCCUGGAGCAGGCCCAGGUGCUGGUGGCCCGGUUCUGGGAGACCUGCGAGGAGCUGGAGCCGUGGCUGGCCGAGACCGAGGCCUUCAUCCCCCAGCUGCCGCCGGCGGCCAUCGACACCGACGCUCUGCGGCAGCAGCAGGACCAGAUGAGGCUGCUCAGGGAGUCCAUCGCGGAGCACAAGCCCCACAUCGACAAGCUGCUGAAGAUCGGGCCCCGGCUGGCCGAGCUCAGCCUCCAGGAGGGGCCCGCGGUGACGCGGCGCUACACCGACGCCGGCCGGCGCUACCUGGCCAUCAAAGAGGGGGUCAAAGGUCGGGCUAUGAACUUAGACGAGGCCGUGUCCCAGUCUACACAGCUGGUAGAGUUUCACGACAAGAUGGACCCCCUGCUGGAGACCCUGGAGGGGGCGGCCCAGCGGCUGCGGCAGCCUCCGCCCGUGGCGGCGGAGGUGGAGAAGAUCCGGGAGCAGCUGGUGGAGCACCGGGCUCAGGGGGUGGAGCUGGACAAGCUGCUGCCCAGCUUCUCCGCCCUGUGCGCCCGCGGGGAGGAGCUCAUCGGGCGGGCCGCGCACGACGACCCGGCCGCUCAGGCCGUUCGGACCCGCCUCCUGCGCCUGCGCUCCCUGUGGGAUGAGAUCCGGCAGCGGGCCGAGGAGCGGGAGGAGAAGCUCAACGACGUCUUGGACCUGGCCGGGAAGUUCUGGGCCGACGUGGCGGCGCUGCUGAGCACGCUGCGAGACUCCCAGGACAUCGUGAAGGAGCUGGAGGACCCCGGCGUGGACCCCUCGCUCAUCAAGCAACAGAUCGAGGCGGCGGAGGCCAUCAAGGCCGAGACAGACGGCCUGAGGGAGGAGCUGGAGUUCGUCAGGACCCUCGGAGCCGACCUCAUCUUCGCCUGCGGAGAAACUGAGAAACCUGAAGUCAAGAAGACCAUCGACGAGAUGAACGCCGCCUGGGAGGGCCUGAACCGGACGUGGAGAGAGAGGAUGGAGAGACUCGAGGAGGCCAUGACGGCGUCCGUGCAGUAUCAGGACGCGCUGCAGUCGAUGUUUGACUACCUGGACAACGCCGUGAUCAAGCUGUGUGAAAUGUCCCCUGUGGGAACUGAUCUGGGAACCGUCAAACAGCAGAUUGAAGAGCUGAAGCAGUACAAGGUGGAGGUCUACCAGCAGCAGAUCGACAUGGAGAAGCUGUGCCACCAGGGGGAGCUGCUGCUGAAGAAGGUGUCUGACCACACCGACCGGGACAUGAUCCAGGAGCCGCUGAUCGAGCUGCGGCACCUCUGGGAGAACCUGGGGGAUAAAAUCACCCAGAGACAGCACAAGCUUGAGGGCGCCCUGCUGGCCCUGGGUCAGUUCCAGCACGCCCUGUCUGAGGUGCAGGCCUGGCUCAACCACACACACACCACUCUGGACACACAGCGACCCGUCAGCUCCGACCCCAAGGCCAUCGAAAUCGAGCUGGCCAAGCACCACGUGUUGUGUAACGACGUUCUGUCCCAUCACGCCACCGUGGAGAACGUGAACGGCGCCGGCGACGAGCUGCUGGAGUCGUCUCCCGACGACGAGGCCACCCACCUGAGGGACCAGCUGGACCACCUCAACCAGGGCUGGGAGAGCCUGCAGCACAAGACCCAAGAGCGGCAGAAGCUGCUGGAGGCCGCCCUGCAGCAGGCGGAAGGUUUCCACGGCGAGUUGGAGGAGUUCCUCCAGUGGCUGAGGAGGACGGACAGCCAGCUGUCCGCCGCCAAGCCGACAGGCGGCCUGCCGGAAACCGCCAGAGAGCAGCUGCAGCAGCACCUGGAGCUCCAGGACCAGCUGUCCCAGCGGGCGGACCAGUACCACCGGGUGCUGGACCAAGGGGAGUCCAUGCUGCUGGCUCGCGGAGGGGAAGAAGCGGGACCCGGUACCACCCAGACCCAGCAGAACCUGUCCAUGCUGCAGAACAAGUGGGCCGCCUUCAACACCAAGAUGGACGACCGCAGGGCGAAGCUGGAAGAGGCCGUUUCCUUGGCAACGGGUUUCCAGACGUCUCUGCAGGACACCAUCAACUGGCUGACCCAGGCUGAGCAGACCCUGAACAUGGCCCAGCCCCCCAGCCUCAUACUGGACACCGUCCUCUUCCAGAUCGAUGAGCACAAGGUGUUUGUGAACGAGGUGAACACCCACAGGGAGCAGGUCCUGGCUCUGGAGAAGGCCGGCUCGCAGCUCCGCUUCGCCAGCCUGAAGCAGGACGUGGUCCUCAUCAAGAACCUGCUGCUCAGCGUCCAGGCCCGCUGGGACAAGCUGGUCCAGAGGUCCCUGGACCGCGGGCGCCACCUCGACGAGGCCCGCAAGCGCGCCAAGCAGUUCCACGAGGCCUGGAGGAAGCUCACCGAUUGGCUGGAGGAGGCCGAGAAGAGGCUGGACUCCGAGCUGGAGAUCUCAAACGAGCCGGACAAGAUCAAAGUCCAGCUGGCCAAACACAAGGAGUUUCAGAAGGCUCUGGGCUCGAAGCAGCCGGUGUACGACACCACCGUGAGGUCGGGCUGGGCCAUGAGGGACAAGGCUCAGCUGCCGGCAGACACCCAGAAGAUGGACCACCUGGUGGGAGAGGUCCGCGACAAGUGGGACACGGUGUGCGGCAAGAGCGUAGAGAGGCAGCACAAGCUGGAGGAGGCGCUGCUGUUCUCCGGCCAGUUUGCAGAGGCUCUCCAGGCCCUGGUGGACUGGCUGUACCGGGUCGAGCCCCUGCUGGCCGAGGACCUGCCCGUCCACGGGGAUCUGGAUCUGGUGUCCAACCUCAUGGACUCGCAUAAGGCGUUCCAGAAGGAGCUGGGCAAGAGGACCAGCAGCGUGCAGGCCCUGAAGCGCUCGGCCCGGGACCUGAUGGACACCGGGCGCGACGACACGGCGUGGGUCAAGGUUCAGGUCCAGGAGCUCAGCAGCCGCUGGGACACGGUGUGCGCGCUGUCGGUCACCAAGCAGACCCGCCUGCAGCAGGCGCUCAAGCAGGCGGAGGAGUUCCGCACGGCCAUCCAGGUCCUCCUGGAGUGGCUCUCCGAGGCGGAGCAGACGCUGCGUUUCCGCGGCCUCCUCCCGGAGGAGGCGGAGACUCUGCAGGCGCUGCUGCACACGCACCGCGACUUCACGGGCACGGUGGAGGAGAGGAGGACGGAGGUCAACAGGGCCGCCGACAUGGGGGAAGGCAUCCUGACGCUCUGCCACCAGGACUCCAUCACCACCAUCAAGCACUGGAUCACCAUCAUCAGGGCGCGCUUCGAGGAGGUGCUGACGUGGGCCAAGCAGCACGAGCAGCGGCUGGAGACGGCUCUGACGGAGGUGCUCAACAACGCCAACCUGCUGGAGGAGCUGCUGUCCUGGCUCCAGUUCGCCGAGACCACAUUGGUCCAGAAGGACACGGAGCCGCUUCCUCAGGACAUCCCACAAGUCCAGACCCUCAUCACGGAGCACCAGGUGUUUAUGGAGGAGAUGACGAGGAAGCAGCCGGACGUGGACAAAGUGACGAAGACCUACAAGAGGAAGCCGGCGGAGCCUCCCAGCAGCCUGGCCGAGCGGAGAGGAGCCCGCAAACAGCAGCAGCAGCAGCAGCAGCAGCAGCAGCAGCACGCCAUGCAGCUCUCAGGAGGAAACCCGAGGCUCAACCAGCUCUGUGCCAGGUGGCAGCAGGUGUGGCUGCUGGCUCUGGACCGCCAGCGCAAACUCAACGACGGCCUGGACCGACUGGAAGAGCUCAAGGAGUUUGCCAACUUUGACUUUGACGUGUGGAGGAAGAAGUACAUGCGCUGGAUGAACCACAAGAAGUCUCGCGUCAUGGACUUCUUCAGGCGCAUCGACAAGGACCAGGACGGAAAGAUCACGCGGCUGGAGUUCAUCGACGGGAUCCUGGCGUCGAAGUUCCCCACCAGCAGGCUGGAGAUGACCGCCGUGGCAGACAUCUUUGACCGAGACGGAGACGGGUACAUCGACUACUACGAGUUUGUCGCGGCGCUGCACCCCAACAAGGACGCCUACAGACCCACCACGGACGCCGACAAGAUCGAGGACGAGGUGACCCGGCAGGUGGCCCAGUGUAAAUGUGCCAAGAGGUUCCAGGUGGAGCAGAUAGGAGAGAACAAGUACCGGUUCUUCCUCGGAAACCAGUUCGGUGACUCCCAGCAGCUGCGUCUGGUGAGGAUCCUGCGCAGCACGGUGAUGGUGCGGGUGGGCGGCGGCUGGAUGGCGCUGGAUGAGUUCCUGGUGAAGAACGACCCGUGUCGAGUGCAACAUCCUGGACUUAAGAUUCUCCGCUCCGAUUCCAGUAGCUCCAUCUCAUCUCGUAUAGUUACCGUCACUCCUGGCUAUUUCUGCUGCCGAGCUCGCGGCCGCACCAACCUGGAGCUGAGGGAGAAGUUCAUCCUCCCGGAGGGAGCGUCCCAGGGCCUCGCCGCCUUCCGCUCCCGAGGCCGGCGCUCCAAGCCGGGCUCCCGCAACGCCUCGCCCACGCGCUCCUCCUCCUCGGCCUCCCACAGCGGCGCCUCCCUCACCUCCGCGCCCUCCACCCCGGCCACGCCCACGGCCUCCAUGUCAUCCAGGUCCUCCCAUACUCACUCUCGUGACUAUGCCAAGCCCUGGCUGGCUCACAGUAAAACUCCAACGACCCAGUGCCACUGCUGCCCAGACCUCGGCCACACCGCUCCUGGGCACGAGGGGGCGCCGUCGGGGUCCAAACUGAAGAGACCCACGUUCCACUCCAGCCGAGGCUCGCUGACCGGAGAGAACGAAGCGACGCCGCACGCCUGCAAACCGUCCCGGAGCGACCCAAAGCGAGGGGGGUCCACAGCCAGCGGGCCGACCAGCCGGGCCGGCAGCCGGCGUGGCAGCGACGCCUCGGACGCAUCGGAGCUCCAGGACGCUCGCUCCGUCGGCUCCGACGCCUCGGACACGCCGCGGCGGCCCGGGGCCAAACCCUCCAAGAUCCCCACCAUCUCCAAAAAGGCCCCCAGCCCAAAGACCCCGGGCUCUGCGAAAAAAUAACAACCAGGCACGAAGAAGCUGGAGCAGAACCCGGUACCACUGACACUACGACUGGGGGGGGGAGGAGAUGGAGGAGGAGUUAGUCUCCUUCGCACUCUUUUUUCCCCGGUCUCAUAAACGGACUGAAAAACUGCACAAGAGGAGUUCUGGUCCGGCGGUCCGGACCAGAACCCCGUGGGGUCGAACUGGACUUGUCCCCCCUUUUUGCCUUCCAGUCUCCUGCUGCGUCUUUCCAGCCAACACCAGACGGACGGGACGCUACCUAACUCACCCGGACCGGGUCGGCAGAGCGACCGCUUUAUACCACAGACACACACAGAUACACACAGACACACACAGAACCACACAGCGAGUGGGCCGCAGCACCACCAACAUACCAGAACUCACUACACAGGACAUCCAAGAAACUAAAAAGAAGAAAGAAUUGUGGGUCAUUAUUUUUGCCGAUGGGUUUAAAAGGAGAAUAUGCAACGACCGCCGUGUGACUGGUUGGCGGGGGAAAGCGCCGACCUCAGCAGAUCUGCUAGACGCAGGAGGCGGGAGACGACACACACACACACACACACACCGGCUAACCUUGGACUCUGAGGGUCGGUGGUGGUGGUGGUGCACAGAGACUCCUCCCGACCGCUGGUGCAGGACGGCGUGGUAAACACACCUGGCAGCACGUCACUGACCCGUGACUGACCCGAUGUUCCACAACCAGCAUGCACUAAUCGUCUCUUCCUCCGCAGCUCCACCUUAAUGUCUCCGCUGCGUCGCCGUUAACACACAAACACACACAGUGGCGUGUGUUACGUGUGUCAUUGUUACAGGAAAUGACUCGAGUCACUGGAUGCAAAUCAAAUAACUCUUUGCGAAUGUGAUUUUAGUUUUUUGUUCUCGUUGUGUUCUGGUAAUUUAUAAUCCAGUCGUGUACUUUUCGUUAUUUAGCUUGAAAUAAAACAAAUCUAUUUAUUUUUCAGUGUCAUAUCACGCAGAGAGUGAACUAGUAUUACGGUGAAAGAAAUGUUUUUUGUACCAGGAUGAACUCUUUAACUUUACUGUGUGUUCAUCGUUACUUUAUUCACUCGGUCGCCUUGGUGGUUCUUUUUUCUUUUUUUGCUAAUGACUACAAUUCCCAGAUCAUGACCAAAGGGGUUUGCCCUUCACACGUAGAGAAAACUACAAAUAUAAAUGACAGGGAGACGGGGCGGACCAAUGAGAGCAGGUUUCCUCCCUCAUGUCCCGCCCCCGUCUUCUAGGCUUUUUUUUCAAAUGCCCGUCAUUGGCGGGCCGGAGUUGUGUUAAUGGAAAACAAAUGAAAUGACAGUAAGAAGACAUCUUAAGGUGAUUUUUAUUUAUUUAUUGUCUCUGAGGGGAGGGGCCUCUGAUGCUGUGCUACUCUGUGAUGGAGUGAGGGGUUACUAGGAGUCAAUGGUGUACAAGUAAAACGAAAAACUAAAAUUAUAAACAGUUUUUGUUCUGUUUUUGUAUUAAAAAAUAUGCUUGCAGUAA